AUGAGUUUUGGGGGCUUUCUUGAUAACAGUUCUGGUGGAGGCCUUGGGGGUGCAAGAGUAGUCGCGGACAUGCCUUAUAGCAACAACAUGCCCACCGGUGCUAUUGCUUCUCGCUUUGUCUCUCCUCUUCCUAAGAGCAUGUUCAACUCUCCUGGCCUCUCUCUUGCUCUUCAGCAACCGAAUAUAGAUAAUCAAGGAGAUGGAACUAGAAUGGGGGAGAAUUUUGAGAGAACUGUUGGCAGAAGAAGCAGAGAAGAGGAACAUGAGAGUAGAUCUGGAAGUGAUAACAUGGAUGGAGCUUCAGGUGAUGAUCAAGACGCAGCCGACAACCCUCCAAGGAAGAAGAGAUACCACCGACACACUGCUCAGCAAAUCCAGGAGCUUGAAGCCCUCUUUAAGGAGUGCCCUCAUCCCGAUGAAAAACAGAGAUUGGAGCUUAGCAAAAGGCUUUGCUUAGAAACCAGGCAGGUCAAGUUUUGGUUUCAAAAUCGCCGUACCCAAAUGAAGACCCAAUUGGAACGCCACGAGAACUCUUUGCUGAGGCAAGAGAAUGACAAGCUUCGAGCUGAGAACAUGUCUAUUAGGGAUGCCAUGAGGAACCCGAUUUGUACCAACUGUGGGGGUCCGGCAAUUAUUGGUGAUAUAUCUCUUGAAGAGCAACAUCUUAGGAUUGAGAACGCUCGUUUAAAGGAUGAGUUAGAUCGAGUGUGCGCACUUGCUGGCAAGUUUUUGGGACGUCCCAUUUCAGCACUAACUAAUUCAAUUGCACCUCCGUUACCAAACUCAAGUUUGGAACUUGGAGUUGGUAGCAAUGGUUUUGGAGGUUUAAGUACCGUGGCUACAACAUUGCCUUUGGGGCCUGAUUUUGGAGUUGGGUUGACAAAUGCUUUGCCAGUGGUUGCUCCUAAUAGACCAAUAACUGGAGUAACUGGACUUGAUAGAUCGGUGGAAAGAUCGAUGUUUUUGGAACUUGCUUUGGCUGCCAUGGAUGAAUUGGUUAAGAAGGCACAGACUGAUGAACCGCUUUGGAUUAGGAGCUUGGAAGGUGGGAGAGAAAUAUUAAACCAUGAAGAGUACUUGAGGACAUUCACUCCUUGCAUUGGCAUGAAACCAAGUGGCUUUGUCGCUGAGGCUUCUAGAGAGACUGGGUUGGUGAUUAUCAACAGUUUGGCCCUCGUUGAAACUUUGAUGGACUCGAAUCGAUGGGCGGAGAUGUUUCCUUGUAUGAUUGCCAGGACAUCCACUGCUGGUGUGAUAUCUAGUGGCAUGGGAGGAACCAGAAAUGGUGCACUUCAGCUGAUGCAUGCUGAGCUCCAAGUCCUUUCUCCUUUGGUUCCAGUUCGUGAGGCCAAUUUCCUAAGGUUCUGCAAGCAACAUGCGGAAGGGGUUUGGGCCGUGGUCGAUGUGUCUAUUGAUACUAUCCGAGAAACUUCAGGUGCAACGGCAUUUGUGAACUGCAGGAGGCUUCCUUCUGGCUGUGUUGUGCAAGAUAUGCCCAAUGGAUACUCCAAGGUUACAUGGGUUGAACAUGCAGAAUAUGACGAGAGCCAAGUUCACCAACUCUAUCGCCCUCUACUGAGCUCUGGCAUGGGCUUUGGUGCCCAACGUUGGGUGGCCACCCUCCAACGCCAAUGCGAAUGCCUUGCGAUCCUCAUGUCCUCCGUUCCUACUAGAGAUCACACUGCUAUAACUGCAAGUGGGAGACGAAGCAUGUUGAAGCUAGCCCAACGGAUGACGGAUAAUUUCUGUGCUGGAGUGUGUGCUUCGACGGUUCAUAAAUGGAACAAGCUGAACGCUGGGAACGUGGAUGAGGACGUUAGGGUUAUGACUAGGAAGAGCAUUGAUGACCCAGGUGAGCCACCGGGCAUCGUGUUGAGCGCGGCUACUUCAGUCUGGUUGCCGGUGUCACCUCAAAGACUGUUUGAUUUUCUACGUGAUGAACGGUUGAGAAGCGAGUGGGACAUCUUGUCGAAUGGUGGACCCAUGCAAGAGAUGGCCCACAUUGCCAAAGGCCAAGAUCAUGGCAACUGCGUCUCCCUCCUCCGUGCCAGCGCCAUGAACUCAAACCAGAGCAGCAUGCUGAUAUUGCAGGAGACAUGCAUAGACGCUGCGGGGUCGCUUGUUGUGUACGCGCCCGUUGACAUUCCAGCGAUGCACGUGGUUAUGAACGGGGGUGAUUCUGCUUACGUGGCACUCCUACCUUCGGGUUUUGCUAUCGUCCCUGAUGGUCCAGGCUCUCGUGGGCCUGCCUCUAAUGAACAUAUUAACGGGAACGCCGGUGGAGGGUCGCAGAGAGUGGGUGGGUCCCUUCUGACGGUGGCUUUCCAAAUAUUGGUUAACAGUUUACCAACGGCCAAGCUUACUGUGGAAUCUGUGGAGACAGUCAAUAAUCUGAUUUCAUGCACCGUCCAGAAGAUCAAAGCUGCCCUUCAAUGCGAAAGCUGAGGUUCCAGAGGGCAAAAACUCACGUGAUCCGGAGGGCAGUUUCUUUAGUAGUUUUUUUUUUCUUUUUUAAUUUUGUACUAGCCCUUGUUUUUCGUUUCUUUUUUUAAUUUUAACAUGGAAGUCUGUUGUGUAUUUAGUCAUUUAUAGGGUUGGUUGUGUUGAAGACUGAAGAGAGCUUUUGCGUUUGUAUUGUGUGAGAGAAAGAUGGUGUGUGUGACUCAAUGAGUUGAGGGUGUUGAGUCAAGAACGAACCGCGCGUGAAGACUCCUUGCAUGGUGAUGAUCAGGCAGUGAUUUGGUCUAAAAGAAAAAAGACGGUUUCUCAGCACAAGGCAAGGGUGGUGGUUCGGGUAUUGACUCAGGUCGACCCUGGAGAUGGUUCAAUGGGAGGGUGAAAAAAAAAGUCAAAACCCCAAAACAAGAAAUCUUUAAAAGAGCGCUUAUUAUUGUAUCAGUCCAAUCUCUUUUCCUGGGGUUUUAAUUUCUCUACCUGACACUGCAGAGAAGAUUGCAUGGUCAUGUCAUACUUAACGGAACAUGUUGCAUUGAGUUGUCGCUUUCUUAUGGGGUUUGGCUUUUGGAAGCUUACUAAUUUAAUCUAUUAAUUUCGUACUCAAGUAUUUUCAAAUAUCCAAGUAUUUCCCUUUCUCAAACCAUAGGUUCAGCACACAUUUGAUAGCGGCUGAGCGAGUAAAAAGAACGCGCCGCCGGUGCAAGUUGGGUUGUGAGUGCAGUGAUUGUGAGAGGGGGGCUCUAGGCUGUAAGUUGUAAACGGGCAUUAAAUGAGGGAGCAGUAGCAGUUGGGAGAAAGCGUUGCUUUCAUUUAAUGCCUUGGGGAUUACCUGGAGAAGCCAAUGAAACCGAGCCACGUUUCUGGAGGGUAUUUGACAUGUAGGAAAGCGAGAAUAGGAGUCUGACAGUAACGCCGUUUCUGGAUUAUGAUGCAAAGGGUAAGGGAUGCGUAUGGUUUGGGUUAUUUGCCAGCUUUGCUUUGCUAGCUAGCUAGCUUUGAUGCUGAAUCUGUUGAUGGAUUGUGGGCAACAUGCUAAGUGUUAAAUCUCUCACAUUAGGAGCGAGGAAUAUGAUUUUUGGACGUUUCAAGUGACAUGAUGUUAGGUCGUCUUGAUGCAAUGAUAUGAUAGCAGAACCAGAUCAGCCAGCUUUGUCUUUUAUCAGACCCAAAAUUUAUGAAACAAAUUAAGAAAAAUAAAACUGGCAAGGCCUUUUAUUUUCACCCAAGUUGUUUGUGGACGAUAAUAGCAGACAGGGUCUAAAGAUUUUUAUCUUAGAAUUCUAAGAUGCAAGCGCCUGGCUGCUGGCAGCUGACUGUCGGUUUCAGCCGUCUUGAAGAUGAAAAAUGGUGGAAAAACGCAACCAUGCCUGCUCAUCAAACCUAAAAACAGAAUAUCAUAUCCCUUUCAGAAGAAAUUUAAAAGUGUUUUUGAGUAAAGAUUAAUCAAUACAUAAUGUACAGGAGGCGAAGCUAACAAAGCUCUGUUCAGGGUCAAAUCAUGCCCCUCCAAUAAAUGGUGACAUGUAGUCAUACCUAAGCCAGCUAAAUAUCCAAUUUGGAAGACAUUAAUUUAG